AUGUUGUUGGCACUCUGUGAGCUUAAUGAUUCCUAAGAACUUGCAUGAAGUGAGCAAAUGAGAUAGGAACAUGGCAUUACUGAUUGUACUGAUUACCUGCUUUGUAAUUAUUCUUGCUACUUCCCAGCCUUGCCAGACCCCUGAUGACUUUGUGGCUGCCACUUCUCCGGGACACAUCAUGAUUGGAGGUUUGAUCGCCAUUCAUGAAAAAAUGCUGUCCUCAGAAGACUAUCCCAGACGACCAGAAAUCCAGAAAUGUGUUGGGUUUGAUAUAUCAAAUUUUCUUCAAACACUUGCCAUGAUACAUAGCAUUGAGAUGAUCAAUAAUUCAACAUUAUUAUCUGGAGUCAAACUGGGGUACGAAAUCUAUGACACGUGUACUGAAGUCACAGUGGCAAUGGCAGCUGCUCUAAGGUUUCUUUCCAAGUUCAACUGCUCCAGAGAUACUGUGGAGUUUAAGUGUGACUAUUCCAGCUACAUGCCCAGGGUUAAGGCUGUCAUAGGGGCUGGCUACUCAGAAAUCAGCAUGGCUGUCUCCAGGAUAUUGAAUUUACAGCUCAUGCCACAGGUGAGUUAUGAGUCAACAGCAGAAAUCCUAAGUGAUAAAAUUCGAUUUCCUUCAUUUCUACGGACUGUGCCCAGUGACUUCUACCAAACUAAAGCAAUGGCCCACCUGAUUCAGAAAUCUGGAUGGAACUGGAUUGGCAUCAUCACCACAGAUGAUGACUAUGGAAGACUGGCUCUCAGCACGUUUGCAGUUCAGACCUUGGCGAAUAAUGUUUGCAUAGCCUUCAAAGAAGUUCUGCCAGCAUUCCUCUCCGAUAACACCAUUGAAAUCAGGAUCAAUCAGACACUUGAGAAAAUCAUAGCAGAAGCCCAUGUUAAUGUCAUUGUGGUAUUUCUGAGGCAAUUCCAUGUUUUCCGUCUCUUCAGUAAAGCCAUUGAAAGGAAUGUAAAUAAGGUCUGGAUUGCUAGUGACAAUUGGUCAACAGCCACCAAGAUUACCACCAUUCCUAAUAUUAAGAGGAUUGGCAAAGUCAUAGGGUUUGCGUUUAGAACAGGAAAUGUGUCCUCUUUCCAAUCCUUUCUUCAGAAUCUACAUAUGUUUCCCAGUGAUCAUAACAAACCCUUAAAUGAAUACGCCAUGCUCUUGUCUGCCUGUGCUUAUGUCAAAGACAGUGAUUUGAGUCCAUGCAUUUUCAACAAUUCUCAGAGGACUUUGGCCUACGAGGCUAACAAGGAUGUAGACAGGAACUUCUCCUUGAGAAAUGACUUCCUGUGGGAUUACACUGAGCCAGGACUUGUUCACAGUAUUCAGCUCGCUGUGUUUGCCCUUGGUUAUGCCCUCCGGGAUCUGUGCCAAGCUCGAGACUGUCAGAACCCCAACGCCUUUCAACCAUGGGAGUUACUGGAUGUACUGAAAAAUGUAACAUUCACUGACGGAGGGAAAUCAUUUCAUUUUGAUGCCCAUGGGGACAUGAAUACUGGAUACGAUGUUGUGCUCUGGAAGGAGAUCAACGGCCACAUGACUAUCACCAAGAUGGCACAAUAUGACCUGAAGAACGAUGUCUUUAUUGUCACUGACCAGGAAACAAAAAAUGAGUUCAGGGAUCUUAAGCAAAUUCAAUCCAAAUGCUCCAAGGAAUGCAGUCCUGGGCAAAUGAAGAAAACCACAAGAAGUCAACAUAUCUGCUGCUAUGAAUGUGUGAACUGUCCAGAAAAUCACUACAGUAAUCAUACAGACAUGGAUCACUGCCUUUUAUGCAACAACGAAACUCAUUGGGCCCCUGCAAAGAGCACUACGUGCUUUGAAAAGGAAGUGGAGUAUCUCAACUGGAAUGACUCCUUGGCUAUCCUGCUCCUGGCACUCUCCCUACUGGGAAUCGUGUUUGUUCUGGCUGUUGGCAUAAUAUUUACAAGAAACCUGAACACACCCGUUGUGAAAUCAUGCGGGGGAUUAAUGGUCUGCUACGUGAUCCUCCUCUGUCAUUUCCUCAACUUUGCCAGUACCGGCUUUUUCAUCGGAGAACCACAAGAUUUCACAUGUAAAACCCGGCAGACGCUCUUUGGUGUGAGCUUUACCCUCUGCAUCUCCUGCAUUUUGACAAAGUCCCUGAAAAUUCUGCUAGCCUUCAGCUUUGAUCCCAAGUUGCAGAACUUCCUGAAGUGCCUCUAUAAACCGAUCCCCAUCAUCUUCACUUGCACAGGGAUUCAGGUGGUCAUUUGCACACUCUGGUUAAUCUUCGCAGGCCCUGCUGUGGAAGAGAAUGUCUCCUUGCCCAGAGUCAUUAUCCUGGAAUGUGAGGAGGGCUCCAUCCUUGCCUUUGGCACCAUGCUGGGCUAUAUUGCCAUCCUCGCCUUCAUUUGCUUCAUAUUUGCCUUCAAAGGCAGGAAAUUACCUGAGAAUUACAAUGAAGCCAAAUUCAUAACAUUUGGCAUGCUCAUUUACUUCAUAGCUUGGAUCACAUUCAUCCCUGUAUAUGCUACCACAUUUGGCAAAUACUUGCCAGCGGCAGAGAUUAUCGUUAUUUUAAUAUCUAACUAUGGGAUCCUGUGUUGCACAUUCUUCCCCAAAUGCUAUGUUAUUCUUUGUAAGCAAGAUACUAAUACAAAAUCUGCCUUUCUCAAGACAAUUUAUAGUUACUCUUCCCACAGUGCAGAUAGCCUAGCCAUGAGUCAUGUUUCACUGGACCCUACUAACGGCAAUAUCACCAUGACCAAUCCCAACUCUGGUGGCAAGCCUGCAGCCUGGCAGGAAAGCCAAGGUCUUCAGGCACAAGCAUUUGCGCACAUAGGCAAGGAAAAUGCUACCUGUGCCCCUAAAACUUGGCCUCGAAAAAGAAUUUCAAGUAUAUGAAUGAGUCUUUAAGAGAUGGUGCAUUCCAGAAGAAAAUGUUCCUGGGGUCAUAGC